AUGGCAUCGGGCGGCGGCGGCGGCGACGGAGGCCGCGUGAUCGCGCUCGAUUUCGACGGCGUGGUGUGCGACUCAGUUGGGGAGAGCAGCCUCUCGGCGUUCAAGGCCGCGGCCAUCUACUGGCCCGACAUCUUCGCCACCCCUGAGGCGGAGGCCCAGAAGCCGCGGCUGGUGGAGCAGAUGCGCGCGGUGCGGCCGGUGGUCGAGACGGGGUAUGAGAACGUUGUCCAAAUCCGCUGCCUGUACGAGGGGGUGGGCGUCGAAGACAUGCUUGAGCGGUGGCACGCCGGCAUGCUGGACGAUUACAUGAAGAAGUGGCAGCUGGACAGGCACGAGCUCGUCACCUUGUUCGGCCGCGUGCGAGACGACUGGAUCGCGUCCGACCUGGCGGGGUGGCUCGCGCCCAACAGGAUCUACCCCGGGGUGGCGGACGCGGUCAGGGCCGCGCUGGCGGGCGGCGACGAGGUGUAUGUCGUGACAACCAAGCAGGCGCGCUUCACCGCCACCCUGCUGCGCGACAUGGCCGGCAUCGACCUGCCGCCCGAGCGCAUCCACAGCACCACAGUCUCCGGCGAGCCCAAGAGCCGCGUGCUCGCGAGGCUGGCUGAGCAGCACCCGGGGGCGGCGAGCUACGUGUUUGUGGAAGACAAGUUCUCGACGCUCGAAAAGGUGAUCAAAGCACCGGAGACGGCCGGCAAGUGGCGGCUAUUUCUGGUUGACUGGGGUUACAAUACCCCGCCUGAGCGGCAGCAGGCGGCGGACAACCCGGGGAUCGAGCUUGUGGGGGUGCAGCAGUUUGCAGAUCUGAUGGCUGGCACGCUGUGA